CCGGACCAGGUCUGCGGCUUCCUGCCAUGGCUGAGCGCGGUUCCCAGCCUCAGGCUCGGGCACUCCUGCAGCAGUGUCUGUACGCCCGACUGCAAGUACGCCCCGCCGAAGAAAACGCCGUGGCCCAGUGGGUGGAGAUUCAUAGAGGAUUAGUGAUCUAUGUGUGCUUCUUCAAAGGAGCUGAUAAAGAACUUCUUCCCAAGAUGGUUAAGACACUUUUAAAUGUGAAAUUAAGUGAGACAGAAAACGGCAAGCACGUCUCUAUCUUGGAUCUUCCUGGCAACAUUCUUAUUGUCCCCCAAGCCACCCUGGGGGGAAGAGUGAAAGGAAGAAGUAUGCAGUACCAUUCUAACUGUGGAAAAGAAGAAGGGUUAGAACUCUAUUCCCAGUUUGUGACUCUGUGUGAGAAAGAAGUCGCUGCUAACAGCAAGUGCAGUGAAGUGGGGGUUGUGGUUGAACACGGCACUUAUGGGAACAGGCAAGUGUUAAAACUGGAUACCAAUGGACCGUAUACACACUUGAUUGAGUUUUAAAAAUUAAAGUUUCUUGGAGGAAAUAUAAAGUUUGGAACUGGAGAGAUAGCUCAACAGUUCUGAGCACAUGCUUGGCAUGCAGGAGACCCAGGUUGAUCUUCAGUAACAUAUGAUCCCCUGAGCACUUCAGGGAGCAACUUCCCCCCUUCCUC